AUGAGCAGUAGUAAUAUGAUUCCUGAAGAAUUAAAUACAAGUGAAACCCAAGACACAGAAGAGGUGUCUUCUCUUAUUGAUUCUUCUGAUGACUUUUCAUCAAGUGAGUUAGACAGUAGUGAAAGUCAAGAAGAAACUAUAGAAGAACUUAAGAAAAUGAAUAACUAUGUCAUUCAAGAAUGGCAGGAGGUGUUAGAACAGUUUAAUAGUUUAAUGACAUUAUAUAAUAAAAUAAGAGAUGAACGAGAUGAAAUGAAAAAAAAACUUGAAGUUGCAAUUCAUCAAAUAGAAGAAAUGAAAACAGAAAUAUUUUCCAUUAUAAAUGAACAACAAAAAACCACAAAUGAAUUAAUCAAAGAAAAAGAGGCGCAUGCAGAAACUAUUCAAAUGUUAAAUACACAAACACUUAAUAGAGUAUUGUCAUGCCGCUGUGAUAUUAUUAUUAAAAAUGGACAAGUAGAAGCAAUUAGUAUUGUCAAAGAUGAUGAAAUGAAAAAUAAAAUAAAAGAAAUGGAAGAAGAGAAUUUAAUUCUUCAACAAAAAUUAAAGAAAACUAAAGAAAUACAAAGCUAUUUCAAUAAAUCAUUAAAUGAAACAGAAACAUCUUAUGAUGAUAUGAAAACAUUAGUUCAUUCUCUUGAAGACGUUUUAAGAUAUGAAAGUAGACUUGAAAAAAUUUGUUAUACUGACUUAUACGAAAAUGAUAUUCUUGCAAAACAACUUGGAAAUUCUAUUCAACAACGUUAUGGAAUAGACUUUGAUCCUGUUUUUAAAAUUGUAAAAGAGUUUAGAGUAAACAAAAAGAAAGUAGGAAGAGCAACAGUUGUAAUGGGCAAUAGUAUUGAAUUAGAACAACAAGAAAGAAAUCAAGUUAAAAAUACUAUGAAAAGAAUUAAUUCAUUCUCAAAAAGAUUAAGAAAAUCAGAAGUACGUUUAGAUAGAAAAAUAAGUUCUCUUCAUAAGGUUUCAUCAAAUAAUUCAAUUAUAAAUGAAUAA